AUGGACAAUCAAGCGACCCGCAUUGCUCUCUUUCUCAGCUUCGUCGCAGGUACGACAGGCAUGACAUUGCUGUGGCGUGACGGAGAGCGACAACGAAAGGUGUAUGGCCUCGUUGGCGAGCUGUAUAAAGCCAAGCAGAGAGUCGAUGCCGCUGCAGCACGGCACUCACAGAGAAAAGUAAUCCUUGAACCACAUAGGGUACGAGUCGAGCAAGUUGCCGCAAAGACCCAAGAAAUGCUGAAUUUCUGCUGCCGAUCAGCGGAGGAUGCUGCAGACAUCCCCGAACUCGUCACAAGAUUACGACACCUCGAGAAGGCACAGGGAGCAAUUGAGACCGAGUUAAAAGUGCUAGCGACUACUAAAGAAGUCUUGUUGACCCAGUAUAAUGAGCUGUUCGACCAAAUUCUGCGACAAAUGCAAACGGCAGCCGAGCCUUGCACAGAGACAUCCUCUGCUGUUUCUCAAAUUACCGAAGACUUAUACCUUCCAGAAUGGCUGGACAAGCUCGAGGCCGAUGGUGCGGAUUUUGAUGAAUUCAUGGCGGGCGGUGAACAAGUCGAGGAGGAAGCGGAGGAUGAGGAAGGUGAAGGCGACAAGACAAACCGCCUGAAGCUUGGAUUCCUUGAUUUGAAGGAAAAGAAGAGACAGCUUGAGGAAUCGACAGAUGCCUCGACUAGACAAGCCGAAAUUGCUGCUCACGAUAAAGAGAUCUUCGAGUUAGGAGAACAACUCACUCUCCGUGGCAUCCCAGUCCGUAAUGGAGAGUUUGUUCGGCACGUCGAAGACGAAGAAUCAGCGUAUGCCUUUUACAAUGAGGAACCUAUAGAUGAAGAACACUGGCUGACAGACGAGCAGAUAGCGCAACCCGCAUCAGCACGAGCAGUGGCAGGUACACCGAGCCAGUACGUCUUUGAUUGGGCCAAUUUCGAAGCACCAGAAGAAAGAGAUUAUGGAUACAACGAAGCCCCACAAGAGUGGGUCAUGGAAGCCGAAGCAAAGGAGCGGCAGGAACAAAUCGACCGUGACUUUCAAGAAUUUAUUUUCAGGAACAACCAGCGUGUUCAGACCUGGAUGCAGACCGCCGCAGCAGAACCAGAGAUGCAUAUCGAUGAACAUGACGAUGAUGUUGACGAGAGCCUUCCUGUCGGAGUCGAACAACUUCCCGAUAUCGAGGUAGGAGAAUGUUUCGAUAUGGAAGCCGAACUCGCGACAGAUAACCCAAGCAAGAGCGACGUGAAUAUAAGGCGCCUGCAAGUCGAAACCCUGCUCAAUCAGGCGGAGAGAAAGUUCUGCAGCCUUACGCAGGCAGAGCUUGAGAGUGAUCCUGAUUUUGCUGUGCCGUGCGAUUGGGGUGAAGACGUAGAAAUGGAUUAUUAG